AUGGCCGCCCCAACCGAGGCGCAAAUCGCCCAUCAAGAGCUUAUAGAGAAGCUUGACAUUCACUCCACUCAUAAGAACUUCCGCAGUCCGGCCUGGAAGCCCAACCAGCGUCGAAACAAGAACCUCAAGGCCAUCGUCGGUGAUGCUUCCCGAAGAGAAGCCUCAGCUCUUGGCACGCCGAUGGACGCGAGUGGUAUUGCUACGCCAGCCGAUGAUGGACUCUCGACUAGCGGUACAAGCACGCCAGCCACCGAGAGCGGCAAGGAGCCCCCAAAUCUGGCUCAAGCAUCACGAAACCUGUCUAAGCUUGUCCUCGAGAAGAGCCUCAAACCGACAGGUGGUGUGUCGGCUCCAACAGCCACUUACACAAAUAUUGAAUCGGCACCAUCACUCGCGCAUAACAAACAUUACUGUGACGUGACUGGACUACCAGCUCCUUACCUCGAUCCCAAGACGCGACUUCGCUAUCACAAUAAGGAAGUGUUUGGCCUCAUUAGGACGCUACCUCAGGGUGUGGCAGAGCAGUUUCUCGAGGCUCGUGGUGCUCAUACCGUCCUUAAGUGA